AUGAACAUUGUGGGAAAGCUCAAUUUAAUGAUACUGUGGAGUAUAUUCUUGCUUCAUUCACUGCUGUCCUCUUUGCAAGGAACUUACUGCAAGCUUUCUCUUUUGAGGAGGACUUCAAGAAACGAGUUUAAUGCAACUCGACAGAAAAGAGAUCUCUUAACAACAGAGGUUCGAGCUACAUCUCCUCAAUUGCACCUAAAUGGGACCUUGACAUGGAGCCCAGCAAGAGGCUUGUGUGCUCAAAAGUGCCUUAAUGGAGCUAGCUGCACAGAGGCAGGUGACUGUGAUUGUCAGUUUUUUCAAGCUCAAGGAAGCAGGUGCCAAAUUGUUCCUAACAAUGGUAAGGACCGAGAUGGGAUUUGCAAAUCAUGGGGACAGUAUCAUUUUGAAACGUUUGAUGGCAUCUACUACUACUUUCCGGGAAAUUGCUCCUAUAUUUUUGCAAAAGACUGUGGUACUCCAGAACCACAUUACACUGUUUGGGUUCAUAACAGUCCUCACUGUCAUGGUUCAGUAUAUUCUUGUCAGAGGUCAAUCAGCUUGUUUUUUUCAAACCAAGAAGAAAUAACUAUUUCAGGACAUGAAGUAAGAAAGGAAGGAAACAGAUUAAUGUUGCCACAGACAGUUGGAAAUGUUUUCUUUGAGAGAUUGGCUGACUAUAUUCUGGUGAAAACUACCUUCGGUUUUUCUCUUGCUUGGGAUGGAAACUCUGGUAUUUAUAUUAAGCUAACAGAAGAUCAUCAUGGAAAACCUUGUGGCCUCUGUGGAAAUUUUAAUGGCGAUAAAUAUGAUGACUUGAUACUGCAAAAUAGUGAAUAUACAGAAGACAUUGCUGAAUUUGCAAACAGCUGGACUGUGCAAAUCUCAGAUGAUGCAGCUUGUGUACCUACUGCCUUAGAUUUUUCCAGUCCUUGCUCAGCUAAUGCAGAAUCCACUGAGGAUAUAUUCUUCAAGUGCCAAAUACUCCUACAAUUUCCUUUCCUCAGCUGUCAUGAGAGCAUAGAUCCAUAUUCUUAUAUUUCUAGCUGUAUGAAUGAUCUUUGCAGGGUGGAUGAUGAUGAAACAUACUGCAGAGCGGUGACAGAGUAUGCUAGAGCAUGCUCCCAUGCUGGGUCCCCUGUGCGAGACUGGAGGGAUGAUUUUCCUGCUUGUACUGAGAAGUGUGAAGACAGCUUUGUACACCGUGAUUGUAUCAGUUGUUGUCCACCAACUUGCACCUUUGAAAAAGAUUGUCUUGGUAGCAACCUAUACUGCUUAGAUGGAUGUUACUGUCCAGAUGGUCUCAUUAUGGAAAAUGGAACUUGCAUCUCCGUGUCAAAUUGUCCUUGUAUUUAUCAUGGAACUGCCUUCCCUGUAGGCACAAAAAUUGAGCAAGAAUGUAGUAAUUGUGUUUGUACUGGUGGCAUUUGGAACUGUACUGAUCAUGAUUGCCCAGCUGAGUGCUCCGUCACAGGUAACUCCCAUUUCACAACAUUUGAUGGACGUCAUUUUACCUUUCUUGGGAUUUGCCAGUACAUUUUAGUAAAAGGCACUGGAAAGAACAAAUUCACAAUCACUUUACAGAAAGCACCUUGUGGACAUAACUUUGACCAUGCCUGCAUUGAGUCUAUAACACUAGUUCUUGAAGAUGAUGUGAGCAAACAAGUAACUCUCACACGAUACGGUCAAGUCCAAACUGGUCCUAACCAAGGUUUUAACGUUAAUGGAGCUAUUGAAAUUCAGAAUGUAUCUUCUCUGUUUGUUCAACUGAAAACUACUUUUGGUUUGAAGAUACUCUUCGCAAAAGAUGGAGAGAGAAUCUAUGUUCAAGUUGACAUCAGCUGGAAGAGAAGAACGUUGGGACUAUGUGGAACUUACAAUGGGAAUUUAAGAGAUGAUUUUCUUUCUCCAGCAGGGAUGAUAGAAGGGACACCGCAACUUCAUGCCAAUGCAUGGAAGGUUUCUUCAGCUUGUUCUGUGCCUAUCAAUGUUCCUGUAGUUGAUCCCUGCAACGUUAAUCAGCAAAAUAUUGGAUAUGCAUCCUACUGUGAUAUCAUCAAUGAAGAAGUCUUUGCUCCCUGUCAUGCCUACAUCAGUCCAGGAUUAUACUACCAACUAUGUCGCUUUGAUGCCUGCAAAUGUGGCAGCAGCUGUAUGUGUAACUCUCUUGCACACUAUGCUUACGUCUGUGGCAAGCAUGGUAUUUCUGUGGACUUCAGAUCUCAUAUUUCUCACUGUGCUGUGAUGUGUCACAGUGGUAUGCUUUAUCAUCAGUGCUCUUCUUUUUGUAAACACUCCUGUGCUUCACUUUCUAUGGCAAAUAUCUGUGGUGAUGACUGUGCGGAAGGCUGUAACUGUCCUGACGGGAAAUACUUCGAAGAGUCAGUCAACUUUUGUGUGUCAGUAUCUGCCUGUCGUUGUCAUUACAAGGGCAAAGUCCUACAGCCUGGAGAAAUCCUCCCCUUGCCAACAGGUUCCUGCCAGUGCUUGAAUGGAACAGUGAAAUGUAUUGAAGCUACUUCAGAAAACACAGUUCACAUAUGCCCUGAAGGAAAAAUCUACUAUGACUGCAGAUCUCCUGUGCCUGGAUUACCAGCAGCAGGUGUGAAUUGUGGGGUCUCCUGUGCAAAUCUUGCCAUGAACUUCUCUUGUGUCCCCUCACCACCCUGUGCCAGCGGCUGUAUUUGCCCCCCUGGGAUGGCUGAGCAUAGAGGGAAGUGUUAUAUUCCUGACAGUUGUCCAUGCACCUGGAAAGAUAGGGAAUUUCUAUCAGGAGAAGUGAUAGCUACGCCUUGUUACACCUGUGUUUGUCGGAGAGGGAUAUUCAAUUGCACUAGUUACCCCUGUCCUGCUGUAUGCACUAUUUAUGGAGAUCGACAUUAUUAUACCUUUGAUGGCCUGGAGUACGAUUACGCCAGUGACUGCCAAGCUUACCUGCUAAAGAGCACAGACAACUCAAAUAUAUCUGUAAUUGCUCAGAACAAAAAGUGCUUUGAUAAUGAUAUUGUUUGCUCGAAGAAUAUUUUCAUUGCUGUUGGAGACUCUGAGAUUUAUUUUAGUGAACUUUCUGAGAAGCAGGUUAGUUAUUUUCUUUCUUUUUUUGGGGGACAGGAAAACAAAUCUAACUAUCAGCUUUGGAUGGCUGGAUAUUAUACUGUGAUACACUUUCCAGAACAGGAUAUUACAAUUCUGUGGGAUAAGAAGACCAUGAUGCAUGUUACAGUUGGACCUCAAUGGAAGGGUAAAUUGGCAGGUUUGUGUGGAAAUUUUGACAAAUACACUUCAAACGACCUGACUACUUCAAACAACAUGGAGGUGAGGAAUGCACAGGUAUUUGGAGACAGCUGGGUGUUAGGACAGUGCAAGAGCCCAAAUGAAACACUAAAACCAUGCGAGGUACAUCAAAACAAGUUCCCUUACGCCAAAAAGGAAUGCUCUAUUUUGUACAGUGAUGUUUUCGCACCUUGUCGCAAUGUGAUUGAUGUGACUUCUUUUGUUAAGAACUGUCAUACAGAUACGUGUAACUGCAAUCUUGGUGGGGACUGUGAGUGUUUGUGUACCAGUAUUGCAGCUUAUGCCCACAAGUGCUGCCAGCAUGGAGCAGUGAUUCAUUGGCGAUCUCCGUCGCUCUGUGCUUAUGACUGUGAAUAUUAUAAUCAAGGUCUUGGUGAAGGACCAUAUAUUUUGGCAAGUUCUGGAGAAAAUGAUACAAUUAUAGGAGCUAAUAUUUCCACUAGACGAAUAUUUCCCCUGCCUAGAAAUGCAGUGUAUGGAAAUGUAUUUUUCAGUUUCAUGAUAACUCCAGGUCUUUUCAAAGAUAAAGAUUUAUCUCUCUCCCUUGUUUCCCUUGAGUCUGCUGAAAGACCAAACUACUUUGUGUAUGUACAUGCUGAUGAAACUGUUGGAUUGGAGCAAUGGCAGGCAAGUGCCUCCUUCCAAAGACGAGCCACCUUCUUCCACCACCAAGGCCUCUGGAGUCGAGGGCUCAGUGCCUUUGAGCUACACAGUAAAAAAGGCUUUUUCAUCAUUCUCACAUCAUCUGGUAUUAAAGUGGCAAAGUACGAUGAUUCAGAAGAAUUCAAACAUAUGAGUAGCUUUAGUAUUGAAGAACUCAGUGCAUCUGUGCCUUACAGGAAGAUGUGUGAAUGGAGAUAUGAAUCUUGUGCUAAUCCUUGCUUUAAAACAUGUAGUGAUCCUGAAGGAACAGCAUGUAAAUUCCUUCCUCCGGUUGAAGGAUGCUUGCCAUAUUGUCCCACAAACAUGAUCCUUGAUGAGGUCACACUUAAAUGUGUUUACCCAGAAGACUGCAUACCUGUGAAACCUGUGGAAUCAGCAGCUGGAACAAAACCUUCAUUGUUAAUCUCUCAUCCGGUUGCUACCACAGAGAGAUUUCCUAAGACAUCUCCCAUACAUGUAACUUCAGGGACUGAGUCAUCUGGUACUGAUGUGACAGUCAAAAUUACCAUGAAGACAAACAUAACUUUAGCAGGAGCGAACAUGUCAGCACAGUCUGUUACAGACUUGUACUCACUGGAAGAUACCACCUAUUCAUCAUAUUCAUUUCCAAGUACAGUGGAAACUUCUGAUGUACCUCACAGCACUGCAAGUCCUUCUGUCCUUUCCAAGCUUAUAUCUUCAACAAAUUUUCAAGCUGCUUUUCAAACCUCAUCCAUCACAUCAUAUACUGUCAAUUCUAAUGCAUCUACAACUUUACCCAUUCCAAUAGCAGCUUCAACAACCUUACUCAGUAGAAUUCCUCUUCCAACAUAUUCUAUAUUAUUAACACCCUUGUUGUAUUUCCAUUUCCACUUGAAGUAUCAACCACUCAGCAAGGAACUCUUCCCUCUACCUCAACACUUUAGCCUCCAAACCAUCUUUCCUAAACCCCUUUCCGAAACAUCACUGACCGCUCAUAUCUCUACUAUUUCUCUAGGAAAACAGAGUUCUUCAGUAAGUUCUUCAGCAGAAGAUGGAACAGUAUCAGUCAUAUCAGCUGGAAUCGGCACUCAAUCCACUACAUCAAUGAUGGUGAAUACAACAGUGAAUGCUACAUCCUUAAGAACACCUUAUAUUUUUGCAAAAAUACCACCUAGUUCUUCAGCCAGUGUAUUAGUUGCUUCUGACACUACUGUAGACCCUAGGAUUACUGCAAAGACCACAGAUGAUUUAGCUGAUUCAAAGUUUCAUAUGGCUUCAGCUUCAGUUCCUACUACCACAGAAACACCUAUGUAUGAGUCAUACAAAUCUUUACUUACAUUUGCUCCAUCUCAAGCUUCACAGAGCAGUAAAGAAACUCCAAAAACAACAGUCAUGAAAUUGAGUACCACAAGCCCAUUAUCAAAGACAAAAAGUACCUCAUUUGCAACUUCAGAAUUUAAAUAUGUAACCUCAUUUGAAAGAACCGUAGGUAUUUUAGAAAGCAGCCAGACUUCGUAUAUACAAAGAAAUGUAACCAAGGCAAAGUCAACCACAAUUGAGAAAUCUUUCCUACCUUAUUUGACAGUUGCUGUAAGUCGGAGUUCGCCUUUUUCGAGCGUAAGGAUAACCUCAGCAAAAAAUCUCUCGGAAGUUCCGGAUGCCAAGACAUCAGAUUGGUCCAAAAUCCUAACACAGACUACCAUUAAACCUUAUUUCAAUUUAACAGAACACACAGAACUGCAGGAUAGAACUUUAAUAGAUUUAUCUCAUUCUAGUGAUGAAAUGGCUCUGUCUUCUUCCCUCGUGGAAACACAAACUUCUCUGGCAAGCAGAGACACAGUGACAACUAUAGCUGACAAAACGUUGUUCAGCACAGUGAUGCAUACACUGAUGUCUUCAUCUUCUGACUGUGUGCCAAGAUACCUUGAACCUGUCGACAAAUGUAGCCAGUAUGUAUGUGUUCAUACGGGCUGGAUGUUAUACAACCUUUCAAAGAACUGCCUUAAGGAUGCACAGAAGCCAGACUGUGGUUUUCGAGGAAUGCCAGUUCAAGUUAAUAAUGAUAGUUGUUGCCCAGAAUGGGAAUGUCCUUGUCAGUGUUCUGUUCUGUCUGAACUGAGUGUUAUUACGUUUGAUGGAAACAGCAUAGCCCUCUGUAACAUGGCUUCCUACGUUUUAGUCAAGCUACCAGGAGAAACUAUUGUUGCUCACAUUGAAAAAUGUCCUGCUAAUCAAAGUGCAAAUUCAAUAAGAAAAAUAGUUCCUCCUGCAAGCACGUCAGGGCUCUGUUUUAAGAAAUUAAAUGUAACAACACAUACAUCCAAACUACUUAUCAAUCGUUUAGAAAGAAAAGUAGUGGUGGAUUCUGUAAUCCCAUCCUUACCAUUUUCAAAAGAAGGACUGAGUAUUCAGGAUACUGGUGCAAUGUAUGUCGUUAAUACUCCAGCUGGUAUUAGCAUCAAGUGGGCUCACAUUACGGGCAUCAUAGAUAUACAGUAUGGAUUGCAUUCUAACACAUCAAUAAUGACAGAAGGACUUUGUGGGGUGUGUAAUGGAGAUCCUACUGAUGAUCUGAAAAUGCAAAACAGAACCAUAAUUACAAAUAUGGAGGAAAUUGAAGUGUUCAUUAAGAGCUGGGAAAUUGAGAAAUCUCUUGAUGUAACAACUAGGAGGCCAGUAAGAAACUGUACUGAAGAUAACUGCACAUAUUGUAUGGAACUGUUAAACAGAAGUUUCUUCAUCCAUUGUCACAAUAAAGUUUCACCACAGGAAUUUUGUGAGAAGAUGUGGAUCAACAGUACUUAUUUUUGGAAUUAUGAGUGUGAUGCACUUUCUGCAUAUGUAGCUUUAUGCAACAAGCACAAUAUCUGCAUUAAAUGGAGGACACCCGAUUACUGUCCACUGAAUUGUCCUGAGGGCAAGGAAUACCAGCCUUGUGUGAAACCCUGUGAAGCCAAGACAUGCUUGAAUAAGUGGUCGUAUGAAGAUUCUACGUGUUCUUAUUUAAGGGAAGACUGUGUGUGUAGACGUGGCACUGUUCUACAUAGAACAGACUCGGACUUCUGUAUUCCAGAAGAAAAAUGUACAUGUACAGAUAACAGAGGACAACCCCGCUCUGCUGGGGAGAUCUGGAAUGGGUCCACGAGAGGCUGCUGCAUAUACAGCUGCUUAGAAAAUGGAAGUAUUGUUGCUGUAGAACCUGAAUGCAAUGAGGAUCCACCACUGGCUUGUGAAAGAGAAGGAGAAGUGAUUGUCCUUGUCAUGGAAGUAGGGGAUUGCUGUCCAAAAAAAGUUUGUGAAUGUAACAUAUCAUUGUGUGAUGCUAUUAUUCCAACAUGCAAAAGCAGUGAAAAACUGAUUGUAGACUACAGCCCCCUGUCCUGCUGUCCACAGUACCGAUGCGAAUGUGAUCCUUCAGUUUGUUUCAAUUCUUCUCAGCUGGACUGCAGAGAAGACCAAUUUAUUGUUGAAGCAAAACUGGAAGAUCCCUGCUGUUUCUCUUAUCUCUGUGUUUGUGAAUCCUGUGUUGAGCCUGUUCCCUUGUGUAAUGAAGGGGAAAUUCUCACCGUAGACCUUCAUACCAUACGUUACUGUUGUCCUCAUUACUACUGUGUUUGUGAUGAAAAGUUUUGUCCUGAGCCUCCUAUGAAUUGCACAGAUGACAUGACACUUGUGAAGGAAAAAAUACCUGGGAAGUGUUGUCCAGAAUGGCACUGUGAAUGUAGUUGUGAAAAUGCUACUACGAUGACUUGCGAAUUGGGAGAAGUUCAAAAAGUAGAUAGUAGUAUUUCCAGUGCUUGUGGAUGCACUCACUACAUUUGUGAGAAGGAUGAUGUGUGCAUCUUCCAAGAGGUAACUGUACUGAAUCCUGGACAAUCAGUGAUUCAGUACUUGGAUGGAGACCUUUGUUACACUGUGCAGUGUUUACAAGAAAAAGAUCACAACACAGGAUAUAAUGCCAUGCUUUUUACAACAGUGAACUGUUCCCAGCAAUGUGAAGCACAUCAGUUGUAUAUUCCUUCUUCCAGUCACCAUACUUGCUGUGGUACCUGUCAAAAUGUGUCCUGUUCUAUUCUUACUGAGAAUGGCACACAAAUUGUGUAUGAGGAAGGCAGCACCUGGACAUACAACUGCACAAACUACACAUGUGCAAAGACUGUGCUGGGGGCUAUGAUAGUGGGCUCUGGUGUGGUCUGUCCCCCUUUCAAUGACACUGAGUGCACAAAGAAUGGAGGAAUUGUGCAGACGUACAAUGAUGGCUGCUGCAAGACCUGCAAAAAGGAAGAAAGGAUUUGCCAGAAAAUGACAAUCAGGACAACCAUAAGGAAAAAUGACUGUAUAAGUCAAAGCCCGAUAAAUGUGGCUUCUUGUGAUGGAAAAUGCCCCUCUGCAACAAUUUUCAAUGUCAAUAUUGAUAGUCAUUUAAGAUUCUGUAAAUGUUGUCGAGAACAUGGAACGCGCAAUCUGACCGUGCCUCUACACUGCUCAGGAAACGGCACUGAAAUUAUGUAUGUCAUUCAAGAGCCUGUAGACUGUUCAUGCCAAUGGAACUGAACAUUACUGUGAACAUGAUUUUGUUUGAAGAACUGAAAUGAGUUUCCUUUCACCAGAGCAUAUUUUCUGACCUUGGAUGGAUGUAGUACUCUACAAAAAGAAUAUGAUAUCAAGGAUGCUUUAUAAUGUAACUUUUCUGAAAUUAAGUAGAGAUUACCUUGUUUUUCAAAUUUCAUUUUUAAGUAUCAGCAUGUAUAAAAAUAAACAUAUAAAACCUUUUUUACAAGGUGUAAUUUAGGUGUCAUUUACUUUUCAACAGCUUUCUGAUGAGCUGUUGAUGUCUUUGUUUCGUGUUUUCAACUUGUACUUACUUGUUAAAUUUCAGAAUUUAUAAGUGUUUCUGUCACUUUCAGUGUUUCAGUGUUUCAGUGGUUGGAUUUUCUGUUGAGGACCAUCAUCGGAACUAAUAUUCAAAAGCAGAAGAUGCAUAUAGUGCUUUUGAGAAUGAUUGAAUUAAUGUAUUAAAAAAUAUGAAAAAAACAUUCAAUGCAAAAAUUUUUUUGUCUUGCUGAAAGAUCUGCCUUUUGUCUGUUAAACUGUUGACAGUGACUGGACUCUGCUUAAGCUAGAAGUCACAAGACACAAAACAACUAUGGUCUAUAAGUAGUUUUAUUUCUAGAGUAAUAAUGUCUUUAAAUCAUUGCCAUUUAUUUAAUUUUGGCAAAUAGUAAAAAUGCUAAGCUUGACUAAGUAAGGGUUGAAGUGUUCAAACAUUUCUGUCUUUAUUACAAACAACGCUCUUUCUGAU